AAACAAUCCCUCCCUCCACACACACACACACACAUAUGCAUUCAGUCUGUCGCUCUCACAGAUACCAUUAGCACGGCUCUAGUGGAUAUAGAAAGCUAGAGAUAAAAAGAGAGAGGAAGCAAAAAGGUGGAAUUAGGAACAAAAACACCAAGCUACUCCUCAGACUACAGCAUGCAGCAGCAGUGGGUGUGUGUGGCUUUAUUAGCCCUCCUGACUGUCACAGCGACACUUGCAGAUGGUGGGAAAACAGAAAAACAAGGUAAGAAAGAGCGUAAAUCGGACUGUGGAGAGUGGCAGUGGAGUGUGUGUGUGGCCAAUGAGGGCGACUGCGGAUUGGGAACCAGAGAGGGCACACGCACUGGCAAUGACUGCAAACAGACCAUCAAAACCCAGCGCUGCAAAAUCCCAUGCAACUGGAAGAAGCAGUUUGGAGGUGAGUGCAAGUAUGAUUUCCAGGCAUGGGGAGAGUGUGAUUCUACCACAGGAAUGAAGACUCGCACUGGAGUGCUAAAGCGAGCGCUGAUGGAUGCUAACUGUCCAAACACCGUCAGCGCCACCAAACCCUGUGGCAAACCCAAGACCAAGAUGCAAGACUCUCAGAAACCAAAACGGGACGGAAAGAAGAAGGAGCGAAACCCCACAGACUAGAGGAGGAAAACUCCUGAAGCGUCUCCUCCUGCCUCCUGAAGACGCUUCCUAUUCCUCGUGCUAUAUUUUUAGAUCUUUUGUAGCUUUCAUUUACAGCUCACCCCGUACUAAAUAAGAGAUGAAGACGAACACAAAUGAAUCUACUAAAAUCUUCAGCACAAUCUGAGAUGAUGAUGGACAGAACGCACAACUGAAGGAGUGUGUUUCUUUUCAUUGAUGAGUGUGUGUUUAAUCGGCCUCGUCCAGCAGCGUCUUCAACUAGAGUGUGAAGCAGAAGUUUUACAUUAGUAGAGAAUUAUUAAUGCAGCAUUUGGUCAUUGAUUUGUGCAGGACUGAUUAUUAAUAUCUGAUGCUUCUGAAACACCCCUGCAUGUUUAACAGUGAAAUAAAACAAAUGUACUAUUGAAGACUUAAUUUUUCGAAUAUAUUCACAAGUGCUGUUUAACAGAGCAAAGACAUUUUUACAACCCAGUCUCACUCUGAAAACGUAACUCUAUAUACAUUUCUGGAGAUCGCAAAAUAUGUCCCAGGAGGUGUUUUCUUGCAGGUUUUGUUUUCGCAAAUCCACCAGAGGCCGCUGUGUACACUUUUUCAGAUCUCAAAUUUCUCUCUCGAGUGCCAUUCAUGCCUGCUGUUCUCACAUAAAUCCACCAGAGGCCGCUGUCGACUGACUGACCAAUCGAUGGACUGACCCACCCUCCUCCUCCCCUAAACCCGACCGACAGUUUUCAAAAGCAAUCCAGAAAAAGAAAAGCCCUCGCCUGAUUUUUACCACGUUUUCAGAUUUUACCACAUUCUCACCCUGUUAUUUACUUGUUUAUUUUAUUUUUUAGCUUCUGUUUUUGUCUUACCUGCUUUCUGGAACCGUUCUUCGUCUGACUUGAACCCUGUCAUCAUGGUCAACUCCUCUCUGCUUCUCAAGUCUGUUGACGCACAUGUUGAGCUACUGGACACACUGGUAACAGUGGGAAAGCCUUCCAUACGGAGGUAAACAGUCAGCCGGUAAGCAUGAAAAGGAACGGCAUCAUACCGCCCCAUAUCGUUCAUUUUAAAGAUGAAAUGUAGCCAUACGUACCUCUGGCUACAAAAUUCACGAUCUCCAAAAAUGUAUUCAGAAUAAGCCUAUGUUUCAUUUUUUAUAGUAUUCAUUCAUUCAUUUUCCCUCAGCUUAGUCUCUAUUUCAGAGGCCGCCACAGUGGAAUGAACCGCCAACUAAUCCAGCAUAUGUUUUACGCAGCCGAUUCCCUUCCAGAUGCAACCCAGUACUGGGAAACACCCAUUCACACUCAUACACUACGUUUAGUUUAUUCAAUUCCCCUAUAGCGCAUGUGUUUGGACUGUGGGGAAACCAGAGCACUCGAACCAGCGACCUUCUUGCUGUGAGGUGAAAGUGUUGUUUCUUUUAGUUUUGCUGGAAUAAAAUUAUUAUUUACAUUUUUUAAAAUAAUUUAAAUAAAAGGUCAAUAUUAUUAGCCCCCUCACGUGAAAUUUAAAUUAUUUUUCUAAUAUUUCUCAACAAGAAACAAUUUUCUAAGUGUUGCCUAUUAUUCUGGAUAAUUUCUUCUGGAUAAAAUCUCUUUUCUUUAAGUUUGGCUAAAAUAAAAGCUGAUUUUACAUUUUAUUAUUAGCCCCUUUUUUCGAUUGUCUGCAAAACAAACCAUUGUUGUCCAAGAACUUGCCUAAUCAACCAAACUUGCCUAAUUAACCUAAUUAAGCCUUUAAAUUAAACUUUAACUGAAUACUAUCCUGCAAAAUAAAAUUUGUUCUGCCAUCUUAAAGACAAAAGAAAUUAGUUAUUAACAUGUUAUAUUUAGAAAUGUUCUCCCUGUUAAACACAACCCAGGCUCAUUCUGAAUAUGCACCCCAAUAUACAUUUCUGGAGAAUGCUAAAUAUGUCCCAGGAGCUACGUUUAUUUGCAGUUUUUGUUUUCGUGAAUCCACCAGAGGCCAAUUUUUGUGCUUUUUCAGAUCACAAAUUUCUCUCGGUUGUGCCAAUCAAGCCUGCUGUUCUCACGUAAAUCCACCAGAGGCCACUGUCGACUGACUGACUGAUAUCCCCACCCACCUUCUUCCCUAAACCCAACCAAUAGUGUUUUCAAAAUCAGUGAUUGACCCCCUCGUUCUAACCCUACUAUUUAAUUGUUUAUUUUAUUUUUUGACUUUUGUUUUACCUGCUUUCUGGAACUGUUCUUCAGUGGACUCAAACCUUGUCGGUCAACUCCGCUCUGCGUCUCAAGUCUGCAUGUUGAGCUAUUGGACUAACUGGUAACAGCGGAAAAGCCGUCCACAUGGAGGUAAGCGGUCAGCUGUUAAGUGUGAAAAGUAACGGCAUCAUACCUCCCUGUAUCAUUUGUUUUAAAGAUGAAAUGUAGCCAUACGUUCCUGUGGGUACAUAAUAACGCGUUCUUCAGAUAUGUAUAUAGGGCUACGUUUUCAGAGUGAGCCUAUGUUGGUUAAACAGCACUUGAGAAAUAUGUUUAACAGAAUUCAAAGCUCAUCUUUAACUGUACUGUAUGUUUAACAGUGUCUUUAAACAUUCCAAUUCCAUUUGAAUUCCAAAAUAGAACGCUGCGUCCUGUUUGGAAGCGCAGUUCCAGUUAAGUUUUAAAUUUGGAACACAUUCUAAAUUCCGUCCAGCUGGAGGAUCAAAGAGAAACACGCUUAAACUGAAACUAAUGCUGUGAAUGUGAGAUAGAGUCUGUGCUGUUGUAACAAUAAAGACAUUAAUAAUUCCUUUCCAUUCACAA